GCUCGCCCGGUAAGAGUCCGUUGCUGAUGAUGGCAGAGGCGUACGGAUGAGGAAAGGGUACAUUCCCCGAGAGAAGGGGCCAACAAACCACACGUGGGCAGGCGAGACGGGAAGGGAGAGGAGAGGAGGAAGUUAGCCUGAGCACCUAGUAGCCUGAGCACCUACUGUUUGUAGCUCUCCACAGUGUGAGUGGGCAUUGGUAGGAGGGGCGCGGGGGUGUCUUCGUCAGGGUGGUGUGUCUCUGUAUAGAGUCUGACGGAAGCAAAAGAGCGGCGGCGGAUGUUCGCCCUGCGCGCCCGCCCUUGCCUACUUCAGCACUCGCAAAUACACCUCACUCAAUUCUCCUAUUGACUGCUUCUUUUCCCGUCGUUGACACGUGGCUGGCUGCGCAUCCGUCUCUCCUUGGGGGUGUCCACCCUUGCCAAUCGUGGGGCUCGGCGCGCUUCAUGGAAGAGUGCGUGUGAGCCCCUGGUUGGAGGAAGGAUGCAGGGAAAGACACGCAGAAACCCAGAAGGAAGAAGAAGGAGAAGAUGAAGGCCGACAAGGCCGAAAAGAAGUCAACCAAAGGGAAGAAGGAAGUGGCAGGACCGUCUGCAGCAGCAGAUAAGAAGAAACAAGUGAAGAAGAAAGGGAAGGAGGAACCUGAUAAGAAAGAGAAAGAGAAGAAGGUUUUCGAUUUGCCAGGGCAAAGAUAUGAGGCUCCUGAGGAACGGGACCCGUUGCGGAUAUUCUAUGAGACACUGUAUCAGCAGCGACCUGACAGUGAGAUGGCAGAAGUAUGGAUGAUGGAGCAUGGCCUUCUCAGCCAGGAGGAUGCGAAAGUCGCGCUUUCGAGGAAGCAGAAACGAGCAGAGCAGAUGAGGAAAGGGGGCCCUGGAAUGGGUGCGCUGACGCAGAGGAGUCCACCUCCUGCCAAUAAGAAAAAGACUCCUGUCGCUGUAUCGAGUAACGGAAAGGUGAAACUGAAGAAGAGGGCGGAUGAUGAGGAUGACGAUUUCGAGGGUAGCAAAAAGAAAAAGGUGAAAAGGCGGAUGCGGCUGCCCUUGUGCCAACUCCUUUGGCUGGAAGAAAUGUUUCUGAAGGAAUCGUGAAGCAGGUAUAUACUCCUUGUGGCUGCUUUAGUGGAAAAAAGUUCAGAGAAGCAGAAGCCAUUAAUUUCUGCUGUUGUUCGUUUGUUCUAAUGAGAUGGUUGUGAGCCAAUUUACCAAUGUGAGGGGCAUGCGCCUGCCAAGUUGAGGAAACGUAAAGCCAUACAUAGAACAGCUGCAUGUCUCCAAAAUCCAUUUCUUUUUUCCCUGGCUUUCAGACUUCAACCGUCAUCUCAGGUUAUCGCUCUAGGGGUCCUCUGGCAUCUCACCCAACAACGUUUCUGUCGUGAAUGAGGAGUGCUUUUGUUUAUGUGGCCUGGAUAUCCUUGUCGUUCAUGAAGCAAUCUAGCUGCGCACUUGUCCUUCACACCCCUCUUGCUCCUGUUCCUUGUCCUCCGCAGGUUGUAAGUAGGGUUGUCGAGCGGGGUUGGCGGGGUUGGGGCGGGGGCAGGGGCAGGGGUGGAUGGCCGGGUGGAGGUCCGGGGGUAAAACCCCCACCCCGGCUUGGGCCCCGGGGAUCCCCGCAUGACAACGCUGGUUGUAACAUAGAAACAGAGAAACUGCAUGAGGGCUACAGAACUUGAUGACGUGAUUCAUUGUCAAGGACGCUCAUGGGUGGUACGUUUUCUCUCUCUCUCUCUCUCUCUCUCUCUCUCUCUCUCUCUCACACACACACACACACACACACACACACACACACACACACACACACAUGCACACACGCCCUCAAGUGUAGUGAAAGUCGAACGAAGCAGUUGGGCACAGUCAUUCUCUCUCUCUCACUCCUUCCUUCCCUGUCUCUCUCUCUCCCGCGCGCGCACACAAACUCAAGUGCAGUAAAGUCCAAUGAAACAG